UUACGGCUCUUUAAAUAAGCAAAUACAUCACAAUUUAUCAUUUCCUAAAGUGAACAGAUGCAAUGGUGCUUCGUCUGAACCUUUUCAUAUGAAAACAAGGGAAAUCUCCAGAGAACGUGAACGCCACACGCAGCGGUGGAGGAGGCUGCAGCUGGAUGACCGUGAGGUAGCGGUCCGGCUAACUUUAGUGGCUAACUAUGCCCGGAAAAUGCAAAUUUCAAGAGUCCUGGCUCUCGAAGGAGAUCUACAAGGACUGGCUGGUUGAGGACGCCCUGGACAUUCACUUCGCCCGGUGUCGAGCCUGCGGUAAAUCCAUAAAACUUCAGACGAUGGGCGAGGCUGCGCUCACCAGCCACGCAGGGGGAGCCGGCCACAAAGCGGCCGUCCGCAAGCUGCAGGAAGCAGGCAGCGGAGUGACGAUAAACGCUUAUGUGCAGGUGAAUGGCAACAACAACAACAACCAGGAGGACGACACCAAAGAGCAAGUGGCCAUCUGCCUGCAGCGUGACGCCUUGGACACCAACUGGUCGGACCUGAAUCACAGACCCACUGCGAACUCCACCUCCCACAAUGCAGAGCUGCAGGAUGUGGGCAUCAACGCCCUCUUCUUCACAGCACCAGGCACCUCCAGGCUCCUCGGCCAGCGCCUCCCUCCAGCAGGCAGCCGGCGCUCCGAGCACCAGCAGAGGACGGAGGCUCUGGAGCAGCAGCAGCAGAUGAAGAUCUUGGAGUGGGAGAACCGGAUGAAGGUGCUGGCGUGGGAGCAGGAGCUGGUCCGGGAGAAGAGGAAGGCGGCGCUGCAGAAGAGGAAGGCCUUCAGGAUGAAGGCGGCUUAUUACAAGGCCAAACUGAGGAGGAUGGGAGAGGAUGUGCCUUCGUCCUCCAGCAGCAGUGACGAGCAGUAGAAAACACCCGACCGAGCGACAUCGUUUUAUCAUCUCUCCCUGUUUUUCUACGUUUUUACAUUGCUUCAAAAUGAAAGAGACGAUGAAUGAUUAUGUAUGUAUGAGAGCAUCUAACUCAUAAUGGAAUUCUUCCUUAAAUGUGGGAGUGGAAUUACGUGAGUCACACAGAUGUACUCAAGCUGUUCUUAAAACUACCUUCAGUUUAGGUGUUACUGUCCUCCAAACACCCCCAGUUCCAACUCCUUCCUGUGUGAGUGAACACAGAUGGCCUUUAAAAAGAAUCUGUGUGUCCCACUAGGAAAUUACAUGAAAUAGAAAUACACUGCACAUCUAUGAAAAUGCAGAAAUUAAAGUCACAAUUACUUUGUGAUGGCUUGAUAUCAUCGUAUUAUAUCGUAGCUUCACUUUUAGGGCAAUAGUACCUUUAAAGAUGCACUAUAAUAAAAAAAAUAAUAAAUAAAUACUGCCACUCUUAUGCAUUAGGGGGCAGUAGUGAGUAACCAAAUUACAGACUUUUUUUUCUUCAGUCUAGCAUUCUCUCUCUAAUUUACUUAAUUUUUAAAGUUUUCUUUUUAUCUGGCUGGCGCCAGGCACCAUGCUGGAUUUCCAGGAGGUGACGGACUGGGGCUAGAGAGUUAGCAUGCUGUCUUCAGUACCUGUGAUGCCUGCAACAUAACCCAUAGGCAUAGACUGUUAUCUUAAUCUGCAUAUUUUUUUAAAUUUCACGGUAAAUAAAUCAUACAUGGUGUACUUUCGAGGUUACAGGCUACGAUGAAGAAUGUACUGAGAUCGCAUCUGAACGCUGCAGAAAAUGACAUUCCAAAAUGGACAAUCUGAAGACUGUUUUGUAGUGCAUGCUGGUGUGAGUUAACGCGUUUUAACUCGGUGUUUUGUAAAUAAAUGUGCACUUUCGUACAGAGCUGGAUGCAGAAAAA